CAUCUUCUGUCAUUUACAUCAGAUCCAAGCCUAUACAUCACCUAGAUUUCUGUCUAUUUCUAAGUAUUCUACAAAUUUGCAUCUGAAUCAGCACAAAGAACGAAUAGAGGUAUGUCCUCAUCACUUCAAAUGAUUUCAGAAUUACUUUAUCGUUUUUCUUGGCAUUUUACGAAAUUUACAGUCAAUACAUGAUCAUAAACAAAAUUUUCGUUUCUUUCUCUUUCUUGAUUGGCAAGUUUGUUUACCAAAGAUCUUUGAAAUGAUACUCUAAUUGUGCCUGUUUUUGGUAAGAUGUUAUAAUCUAUGUAUGUUACAGAACGUAUGGAUGGUACUUUUGAUUCCUAAGAAAUGUGGGGAUAAAAGGUACUUUUGACGAGAAGUUAUAAUUGUUUACCUAAAAAACACCUAACCAUGUUCCCGCCUGUUCUUAUGUUACCUGCAUUUGACGAUUGGGCUCUUUCUUUGCAACUUCAUCUUAUAGACAUUUAUUUGAUCCACUAGAUCACUGUGUGCCGAAAAUUUGCCCACUUUUGGCAUCAAAAAGCCUAAGGGUACUUCUUUCUCCUUGAUUUCCUUUGAGAAUGGCAGGUUCUCAAUGUUACAACUCAUUUCUAUCUAUUUAUAAUUUAAACCGAUUAUAAACAUAUAAACAAUUCCCAAACACGCAGCUUGUUUCUCUGCAUUAACAAAUUCUGGGCCUAAUAACUUUCUUUCAAAAUUUUAUCUCAACAAAUUGAUGUUCUACAUUUUCUACCUCAUAGCACUUCAAUAGUUGAAUGUCAUGAGCAAACUCUAGUAAAGAGAAAUGACUAUACACCUGGAAAUUUGUUCUUUUUUUCCUGAUUUGUUAUUGUUUUCUAAAGAUUUUUGUUUGUUUGCAAGUCAACAUAUAAUAUGAAAUAGGAAGCUUCCAGUUCUGGAUGAAACAUGGAUUAAAGUGUUAGAUUUCUGCAAACAGAUAUAUUCUACAUUUUCUUCUGGUUGUGUGUGUGUGCCUGGCGAAAGACAUUAUAUUCACUUAUUCAACAAUUGUGCCCAUUUUUAUUUUGAUGCUGAUAGGCUUAUUUGAUUUCACUGUUAAUUGUAUCUGCUGGGUGAGCUGCAUAUUGAUAAUGGCGGAGCUAGCUUUCUCGGUUUUUGGGAGGCUCACCGAACACGUAGUGGACCCAAUUUUGCGCCAAUUCAAGUAUUUAUUGUGCUACAAAAGUAACAUUAAAAAUUUGACUAAUGAAUUGGAAAUUCUUGAAAAUAAGAAAACUGAGGUUCAAGCAAUGGUUGAUACAGCCAAAGGAAAUGCUGAAGUUAUUAGACCACUUGUUUCGGCAUGGUUGCAAAAGGUUGAUGACCUAAACAAACAGACGGAUGAAGUUUUGAAAGGUGCAGCAAUUUCUGAAAUGCAGUGUCUAUUCCUCAGAUGUCCAAAUUUAAAGACCCGUUAUCUACUAGGCAGGAAAGCCACGAAGAAGACUGUUGUGACUGUUAAGCUCCAAGCGGAAGGUUCAUUUGAGAGAGUGGGCUAUCCUACACCACCGGUGCUGAUGCCAAACCAAUCCUCCCAUCAGGAUUUCUAUGGUUUUGAGACAAGGAUAACAACUAAGAAGGAAAUUUUGGAAGCUCUGAAAGACAAAGAUAUCUAUAUAAUUGGGAUUUGUGGCAUGCCUGGAGUAGGUAAGACGACAAUGGCGAAUGAAGUAGCCACCCAAGUCAAAGAUGAGAAAUUAUUUGAUGAGGUUGCGAUGGCAGUUGUAUCUCAUGAUCCAGACAUAAUAAAAAUUCAAGAUCAACUUGCUGAAAAGCUCCAUUUGAAAAUUGAAGAGAAGACUGAGAGUGGGAGAGCUCAACGACUUUAUGCAAGACUUACGUAUGAUAAUAAGAGAAUUCUUUUGAUAUUAGAUGACGUAUGGAAAGAAAUUGAUUUGGGAACUAUAGGAAUUCCUUCAAAGGAUGAUUGCGAGGGAUUGAAAGUUCUGUUUACAACACGGAAUGAAGAUGUAUGCAUUGACAUGGGAGUGCAGAGGAAAUUUGAAGUUGAAGUUUUGUCUCAAGAAGAAGCACAAAACUUUUCGAGCGUGCUGCAGACAUUUCUAAUUAUACAAUUAAUGUUGUUACAAAGGUCUAGGGUAACAAAUCUCAGAGGAAUGCACGAUUUGGUACUUUUCGAGCGUGCUGCAGACAUUUCUAAUUAUACAAUUAAUGUUGUGAACAGCACAGCUCACGAAGUUGCAAAUGAAUGUGGAGGCUUACCUCUAGCACUCGUGACUGUUGGCAAAGCACUAAAAAGUAAAAUGCCACAUAAAUGGAGAGAUGCACUUCAACAGUUACAAAGGUCUAGGGUAACAAAUCUCAGAGGAAUGCACGAUUUGGUCUACUCGAGAAUAGAGUUAAGCUACAACUAUUUGGAAACUGAUGAAGCCAGGUCCUUGCUUUUGCUAUGCUCUAUAUUUGCUGAAAAACAAAGUAUGCCAAUUGAAAGAUUGGUUAGAUAUGCAAGGGGACUAGAGCUAUUUCAAAAUACAGACACAUUAUCAGAAACUAGAGAUCGGGUAUACUCGAUUGUCGAUGAUCUGAAACGUUGCUAUUUAUUGCUAUCAGGUGAGGAGGAGGAUGAGGAGGUGAAAUUACAUGAUGUUGUUAGAGGUUUUUGCUUACUAGACAAACCUGGAUAUCUGGUGAAACAUGCUGAUUUGGAAGAGUGGCCAAAAGAUAACAAUGAAUCAUACAUUGCCAUCUCAAUGACUUUUGGUGUGCUGGAUGAGCUUCCCAGUGGGUUAAAAUAUGGGCACCUCAAGUUGUUACAGGUGAGAUGCGAUUCGGGGGAACAAAAUAUAUCUCAAGAAUUUUUUAACGAUAUGCAGGAACUCAGGGUCCUUGAAUUUAAUUGGAUGAACGUUCAAAUUCCGUUGUCAAUCCAAUUAUUGACAAGGCUUCAAACACUGUGCUUGGACUACUGUGAUUUAAUGUUUGAUAUCUCAAUGAUUGGGAGUCUAAAGAAGUUGGAAAUUCUCACUUUUUAUCAUUCUUAUCUCUAUGUUGAUUUUCCCACUAAAAUAGCAGAACUUAGCAACCUAAAGUUACUGGAUUUGAGAUUCUGGACAGGCCCCUGCCCAAUUCCACCUGGUGUUUUAUUGGGUAUGAAGAAACUGGAAGAGUUGUACUUUGGAGAAUACUUUGAAACAAGAGAUGAAGAAAAGGGCUACAUUAUUAAAGAGAUAAGUUCACUGACUGCUCUUAACACUUUCCAAAUUUCCACAGAUGAUACUCAGUUUUUGAUGCAAAUAUUACAAGUGUUGUGUGUGGAGAACCUGAAAAGAUAUGAAAUCACCAUGGCUGAAAAAAAGGGACUCAGUACUGGAGAUUAUCAUGUCACAAGGAGGCUGGACAUCCUAGAUGGUAUGGACGCAGGUACUCUUUUGCAAUGUGGAUUUAACCCGUUAAUGAGGACAGCUUACCAACUAUAUAUUGUAAAAGCAACAGCUUGGAAGAAGCUUGUGAGUGGGUCAGAUAAAGAUGGUUUCUUUAACUUGAAGAAGCUGAGGCUAUCAAGUGGUGAUUUUGAGUAUAUUAUUGAUGCCUCAUACUCCAUUCCAAGUGGAACCUUCUGUAAUCUGGAGCUUCUGAAAUUGGAAGGUUUGCAUAAUCUCAUACAGAUAUGCAAUGGAAAUCUUCCAAGAAUGGAACAUUUUGGGAGUCAGUUGUUUCAUAACCUCACGACUCUUGAUAUAUAUAAUUGUGAUGCAAUCAGAAGCUUGUUUCGGGAGUCAGUUGCAAAAUGUAUGAUGAAUCUCCAAAGACUGGAUAUAUCCAAAUGUCCGAGGCUAGAGGAAGUCGUUUCAACGGACACGCAAGAAAAUUUAGUUGCUGAGAUGCUUGGGUUCCCUAAACUAAAAAAAGUCACUCUUCAAUUUUUGAGCAUAUUUAAAAGCUUCACAUCUGAGUCGAAUAAAGUUGAUGACUGUCAAUCAUUGUUCAACCAGGUUACGUUGCCUAACAUGGAGAUGUUGGAUAUUUUUCAGUUGGAUUGUAUAGUAAAGCUACUGGGUGAAGAGGAAAUGCCAAUUACAUCUCUGUCUAAAAUAAGAGUCAUCACUGUGGGCAGCUGUGGUAAUUUACGGACCAUUGCAAAAUCUGAUUCAAUUAAACUACUGCAAAAUCUUGAAGGUCUUGUAGUAUCUGAUUGUGCAAAGGCAGAAGUAUUGUUUGACCUUGAGGGUUUAAAGGUUAACAAUUAUGAUGCAGAAAUUAAAAUACUUGGUCGAUUAAAUUCACUGGAGAUGUCUGCUCUACCUAAAUUAAUGCACAUUACUAGGAUGGUUCCUAAAGGAAUUUGUGUCUUUCAAAAUUUGAAAUCACUUGUGGCUAAAGAAUGUGGUGGUUUAAGGUACUUAUUCUCACUCUCUAUGGUCAGUUCGCUUGUGGCUCUAGAAACUGUAAGGGUUCAAUCAUGCGAUGCGAUGGAAGCGAUUGUUGGAAGUGAAGAUGAAACUUGGGAGCUUGAGAAACUUGAGUUCCCAAAACUCAAAGAUGUCAAUCUAGAGCACUUGAGUAGUUUUAAGAGCUUCAGAUCUAAAUUAGACUCCGUGAACGUUCUUGGAACAUUAUUCAACCGGGUUAGAUUGGCUAACUUGGAGGUUUUAGAUAUCAAUGGAUUAGGUGAUGUGUCUGUAUUAUUCGACUUUGAGGGUAUAUCAGUUAGUGAAAGUUAUGUAGAAAGUUUACUUGGACGAUUAAGAUCAUUGAAGCUUGAAAGGCUACCUAAAUUAGUAAACAUUACAAGGAUGGUUCCUGAAGGAAUUCAUGUCAUGCAGAAUUUGACAUCACUUAUCGUCUUAGAUUGUAGCAAUUUAAGGUACUUAUUCUCACCUUCAAUGGCGAACUUGCUUGUGGCUCUAGAAACUCUAGAGGUCUAUGAAUGUCAAGAAAUGGAAGAGAUUGUUGGAAGAGAGAAAGAAGGCACCUCAGAUAUUGACAUGGUCAAAGAAGGAAUGCCAAGAAGAAUCGUGUUUCCUAAGUUGAGCAGCUUAGAACUUUUAUCUCUUGAUAGAUUCAGAAUGUUUUGCUCUCAAAACUAUGAACUCGUGCUCCCUUCACUCCAUAAAUUGGUCAUUCUGUACUGCCCCUUGAUGACAAAAUUUUGUUCCGGACAUCUAAAUGCACCAGAGCUUAAGCAAAUACAGAUAGGAGAGGGCCAAUAUGUUGAUAUUUCCAAUUUCUUUGAUGACUCAGGUUUACAGGAGGAGGAAUAAAUUUGUAGAGCAAAGGCAAAUGGUGACGGAAUUAUUUCUUAUUUAUUUUGAAUUUUACUUAUAUAAUCAUAGUUUAAAUUAUUUGAACUCAUGUAUUAAGUAUCCUCUCUCUUAUUUGAUUGGCUUGAGUCCAUUUCGAUAGGAUAUGGAGAUCGAUUUGAUCAAGUUAGGGUAAAUUUUGAAAAAAAUGAAAGUGUAAAGAUUUUGACUACGUACAAUAAUGUUCAUGUGCUCCAUUGAAGUGUGAA